AUGCCAGGCUCGUCGCUCUGGCUUCUCCCGCCAGCUUCCCACCCUCUCAACAACCUCCUAACCACACUUAUCGACAAAACAUCAUUUCACUUCACUUCCCCGCAUCGGUUCCUUCCCCACGUCACACUGACCUCCGAAAUCUACCCCUCUGCCUACGGUUCUGAUCCUCAAGAAUGGCUCGACUCACUGAACAUCGAAUUUGGUACUGAGAUUGCAGUUGAAUUCAAAAAGUUAAAUAGUGAAGAUGUCUUCGUCCGGAAACUGUAUAUCAAGUGCAAAAAGGACGAUUUGCGCUUGCUAGCACUACGCUGCAGACAGCAAGUCAAAGGGUUCGAGCAGGCAGAGAAAGCGGAAGAAUGGGUGAACGAGUUGUAUACUCCGCAUCUGAGUCUGCUGUACCACGACUGUCCUCGGAUUGAUACAGAAGGACUAUCGCAAGCCGGAGAGUUUGCUCAAGACCUUGGCAUCAGUGUGAAUGGGCAAGGCAAGCUUGGUAGCUGGAAGGGCGGGAGGGUUGUAUUAGUUCAAACCGACAAGCCGAUCCAUGAGUGGAAACCAAUUGCAGAGAGGAGUUUGGGAGGUGCAGCUUGA